AUGGCCGACGGACUCAACCAAGCACGCGCCCUGAGAGUGGCCGAACUUAUGAACGAUUACCGGACUCUGCUUGUGCACAUCUCACAAUUAAAUGUAUCUGUGCCGCCGGAGGAUCGCGCAGAGGAGGGCUACCGGGAACUUCGAGACUGUCUAGCUGCUGCGAAUGCCUUGAUGGCUUCAAGCUACAGCCCUAGCCCUCCGCCAGCUAACGCCUCAAGCGAGGAAGCCGAACAAAUCCAGUUGCGAAGAGUCAUACUCGACGGCUGUGCCCGAAGGUUCCAGGCUCAUCGGAUUUACCUGCGGGCUGCAGCAGCCAAGCGAUGGAUCAUGCACCGGGACAGCAUACUGCGCGGUCAGAGACCUGGGCCACAGCAUGCAGGUCAAUUGAAGGCUAUUGGCAAUGCUUUCCGUCAGGAACUCGCGCAAAUAUCAAACCAGCAUGUUGUCGCAGAUCUCCGUGCGGCUGAUAUCCGAGCAGGCCACUGGCUCGCUGAUGACCCAGCGCUAGACGCUAUUCUUUCUUGGAUCCGCUCACGCCCUUGA